AUGGGGUCCUCCAGGAGACUAGCAGGCCUACCCGCCUCCCUUAGGAUGGUGGCCCAGGAGGAACGAGGAGGAAGCCGCGGGGUCAGCCAAGUUCAGGCCGACAGGAAGCACGUCCCCCCCAUCCCUGGGGGCCAAUUGACCCAUCGGGCCCCGCCCCGGCCCCGCCCCGCCGCCACCUGCAACGCGAAGCUUACAGUCAGCUGGACACACCAGUUUAUCCGAGGCUAUCUUGUCUUCUACUGUAUCCACUGGCCUGCUUCUCCCGAGGGAGGUUUUGCCUGUGUCCACCGCAGGUCCUGGUCCCGUGUCUGCUCGUCGGCCGAGGCUGGAGGAGUGGCGGGCGGCGGUGGGAAUGGGUCAAAAGAUGUUCUGAGGACUCAAGCCCAGAAGACAGCUUCUCAGAUCGCUCUGAGGGACCGCUCCAAAGAGGACUCGGUGGGCUUUGAGGACGUGGCUGUGAACUUCACCGCGGAGGAGUGGGCUUUGCUGGGCCCGGUUCAGAGGAAGCUCUACAGAGACGUGAUGCUGGAGACCUUCAGGAACCUGGCCUCUGUGGGUUCUUGCCCUCAAGUUAAAACCAGUGGAUCAAGUCCUCAGUGGAAUAUUUUGGAGAAUGAACUAUGCAGUGAAGAGAAAAUAGUAAGAUUCAGAAGAAAUGAUUCCUAGUCUGUUUUUGGAGAAAACUGGGCAUUUCAUAACAUGCGUGAUCAGCAUGUAACCCAGGAGAGGCGUUUGAGAAAUCAUUUGGUGGAGAGUCUCUGUGAAGGUAAAGAAGAUCAUCAAUGUGGAGAAACCCUGAACCAGAUUACAAAUCUUACUGUGCAUAAGGGUUAUCCCACUGCAGUUCAGUCCUAUAAAUGCACUAAGUGUGGAAAA